AAAAAAGAAGAAGCUAAAGUUUGAUUUGAAUCCCAACGCGUCUUGUGUGGAGUAUUUUGGACCUCAGAUUUUUGUCUGGUUGAUGUUCACACACCUUCAAAAUCUCCGAGAUUCUCUCACAAAUUACUUGCACUAAAACACCUUCUUUGUUCAGACUAAAAAUACAAAAAUAAAAACACCUUCUUUGUUCACCAGGCUCCAUUUCUUAUAGUUCUUGAAUCUCUGACUGUAAUUGCGGAUCUCCAAAUUUAUUGGAGAUCCAUUAGCAGAUUUUUGCAUUACUUCGUGCGUAUCUCUUACUUGCUUAAAUUCCGGCUAAAAAGUUUGGAUUUUGAGAAUAAUUCUGAUCUGUGUUUAUCAUUAGAAAAAAAAAAGGUGGUUUGAGCUUGAGCUUUUGAGAGAGGAUGGUAGGGGCUUUGUCUGUGGUGGGUUCGUCAGUCGUGGACUCGCAUACUUCUCCAUGCUUGUGUUUGGAUGCACUGCCUACAACUGCUAUGAAUCUCAAGAGUGGAGGAGAAUUGGUUUUGCAAAGGAAUUCAAUGGCCAAGAAGCGUUUGGUGAAACCGGGUUCCUUGGAAUUGAGCAGUUCAUUUAUUGAUUCUGGGCAUGACAUGCGGCUCUCAAUGAAAGCUCUUCCGGGUAUUAUUGUCAAUAAGAGUAUGAGGAAAAGAAAGAAUAGGGGUUUCGUGAUUGUUAAUGAACUUGGCGGGCAAUAUGAAGACAGUUUUGAGGAUGUUAAGGCGCAAAUGCUCAACUAUUUUACGUACAAGGCUGUGAGGACUGUUAUGAGCCAGCUCUAUGAGAUGAACCCAACACAAUAUAGAUGGUUUUAUGACUUUGUUGCAACACACAAGCCUGGAGAUGGGAAGCGAUUCAUCCGUACCCUCGGGAAGGAGAGGCAUGAACUUGCUGAGAGAGUAAUGGUCACACGACUUCACCUCUAUGGUAAAUGGGUCAAGGUAAGCAGUUCCAAAAUUUAUCGCAAGCACUUUUCGUCAACAUUCAGAGCACAUAUCUCAUGGAAAGUCUUGGACAUUAACUUGGAGUUGAUGCGUGAACGGCUUAUCGAGACUGUGAUAUGGCCCUCUGAUGACAACACGGAGAAGAUUGGCUGAGAUAGAUUGUAGCUUUCAUCAAAUGGUUGAGUCUUCUUACCGUGUUGUUCCUAGACUAGGUAUUUUUCUCUUUACAUAACAGAUUGGUUCCAGUCUGUCAUUUAUAUUAUUUGCCACCAACUAAUAAGUUGCUGAAAAUUGUCUACUGUACAUUGUAUAUAAAAUGCCAUCCGCCAUGUUACAUUAGAUUCCGAGUGUAAAAGGCUAAUAUUCUGCCUGUAUAUGAAUGUGAUGAAAACUAUAAUGGAUCUAAGUGUCCUGCUAGUUCAAUGUGA